AUGGCCAAGACCCUGGAGAACAGGGAGGCCCUGCUAGAGUGCCGGGACCCCGUGGUGCACAACGCCCUCUACACGGGGAACCUGGUGGAGGUGCAGCGCCAUUUCUCCGGACGCUCCGCCGUCAACCUCCUCAUCCACGCCCAGAGCCAGGACCUCCGCUGGACCAGCCACAAAUGGGGAGUCUGGUCGCUGACCUACGAGCAGGAGCCGACCACGCCGCUCCACAUCACGGCCAGCCGGGGCUACCUGGAGUGCCUGCGCCACCUGCUCUCGCGCGGCGCCCGGGUGGAUCUGGCGCCCGGCGGGCAGACGGCCCUGCACGCGGCUUGCGCGGCCGGGGCCGCCGACUGCGCCCGCCUCCUCCUCGCCUUCGGCGCUGACCCCGGGGCCGUCUCCGAAGGCGGCUGCCAGCCCCUCCACCUCUGCCGGAGCCCCGGCUCGAGCGAGUGCGCCCGCCUUCUGCUGCGCCACGGGGCCCCGGUGAAUUGCGCGUCGGAGGAAGAAGGCGACACGCCGCUCCACGUGGCGGCUCGGCUGGGCUUGCCCGAGCAUUUGCGCCUCUUCCUGAGCUACGGCGCGGAUCUGGAGGCCCGAAACGCCGAAGGGGAGACCCCGCUCCUCGCCGCCUGCGCCCUGCCGCACUCCGCGCAGGCGGCGGCGCCUUACUACGAGGUGUGCAAGGAGCUGGUGGAAGCCGGCGCCCGGGUCAACGCCGCCGACCGCGACCUCCAGCGCCCGUUGCACCAGGCUUGCAAGCAAGGCAACCCACGCGUGGUGGCGCUGCUCCUUGCCCACGGCGCCCGCGUCAACGUCAUGAGCUACAGCGGCAACACGGCGCUCCACAACGCCCUCCAGGGGGCGCCCUACCGCCUGGAGCACCGGCCGGAGCUGGCCGUGCGCCACCUGCUCAACCAGGGCGCCGUGCGCGUCUGGCCCGGGGCGCUGCUCAAG